GUAGAGAAGAAGAGAGAGAGAGAGAGGUAAUAGAGGUUGCAGUCUAAUUUGUACGGAUUGCUGGCCUUGCGCGUGCGAUAGUUUGUGAUGUUUAUCAAUUAAGCACAGUUCCGAUAAGCACACACUUCGAUCACAAAAAAGUUGUGCACUUCUCAUCUUAUUUGAAAAAUAGUUUUUCGUUAUCGUUAGAUAUUCAUAUUUUGAAGAAACGUUUAAGUUUGGUCUUGCGACUUUAACUCAGUAUUACAUUUGUAAGGUAUAUGCAUUUCAAGUAUUUGGAAAUAAUAUUUAAGCACUUGUUUCGAACUUAUACAUUUCACUCUUGGAAAAUAACUAUGCCUCCUAAGAGACUCAGAGCAAAAAGUGACGAUCUGCCAAAUGAGAGAAAACUCAAACGAUCAAAUUCAAGUGUUGUAGAUUAUAUGAAUCAAAUACAAAGGACUUUGAAUAAUAAACAAAAUGCAAAUGAAAACAGAGAUAUGAAGAAACAUGCAUCUGCGGUAACCGCUUCUAAUAUAGAAGCAAAAGAAGAUGCAAUAAAAAAAGAAAAGAAAGCAGAUACUUCUAUAGCAUCCAUGCAGGCUUCUAACAUAGAAGAAAAUGCUAAUACAGUUGAGAGUACAUCUACAGUCUCCACAUUUAUUUCUGAUAAAUUGUUAUCAAUUGAACAAGAACUUUGUAUCAAAUUGAAAGAUGUUACUUUUCCAUCCUCCAUACAGUAUAUUUAUAAUCCCCUUGAAUAUGCAUCUGAAACACAUGCCAUGUAUGUACGCAAGUAUUGCACUGGUAUGAAAAAAAUCUUGUUUAUUGGUAUGAAUCCGGGACCAUGGGGCAUGUCGCAAACUGGUGUGCCAUUUGGAGAAAUUAACAUGGUGCGUGAUUGGCUCAAAAUCUCUGGUCCUGUUGGCAAUCCUUUGAAGGAACAUCCUGAUCGAAGGGUAACAGGAUUUCGAUGCACGCGCAGCGAAGUUAGUGGAUUCAGAUUAUGGGGUCUUUUCCGAGAUUUCUGUGGAAGUCCUGAAAACUUUUUCCAAAAUGCAUACGUGCACAAUUAUUGCCCACUUGCGUUCAUGGAUGGCAAAGCUCGGAACAUUACACCGGCAGAAAUAAAGAGCGAAGGACAAAAGAUUUUACAUGAGGCGUGCGACAAGGCCUUAAUAGAUAUAAUACAACUUCUGAAAACAGAGAUUGUUGUAGGCAUUGGCAACUACGCUGAAAAAAGAGCACAGAUUGCAGUUCAAACAGGAGGCCUUUCAGUGCAGGUAAUGGUCCUGCGACAUCCCAGUCCAAGAGUCAUAGGCAAUCAAAAUUGGAGUGAAACGGCUAUGAGGCGAUUAAAUGAAUUGGGAUUACUUAAAUAUUUUGAAAAAAAAGCUAUUCUCAGUAUUGUGCUUUAAAGAUAAUCUCAAAUUUGUCAACGCAUAAUAUAAUAUAAUUACAUUUAUUA